AUCGCCCUCCUUCUGGGUAACUCUGUCAAGCUCCGAGCUUCCGUAACUGGGCCGAUUCCCUCGGACGGUGACGGUCCUGCGUCUCAGGUGUGUCAGCAGUGCUGCCAGGGACCUGCCGCAAUACCCGGCAUACCAGGUCUGUCUGGACCAGUGGGGCCGAUGGGGCCGUACGGUCAGCCGGGGUCAAAGGGCGAUGCAGGUCAGCAAGGUGAGAUUGGCCCUAUUGGGCAAAUGGGUGAGCGGGGAGCACCUGGGAACACUGGGUCUAAAGGUGAUGAUGGGAUCGGUCUACCCGGCAAGAUAGGUCCGAGAGGGCUACCUGGUUUUGUUGGAGGAACCGGGGAGACUGGUGUCAAAGGUCAGAAGGGUGAGCCAGGAGAGACACCAGGCGAUUCAAACCAGCGGGUGGCAUUCACCGUGGUGAGGACGAGCGACUCGGAUGUAUCUACAAGUUCCGACACCCGUUUGCCCUUCCAGCAGACCGAGACGCUUCUGCCGGGUAACAGCUUCGAUCUCGAGACCGGCAUGUUCACAUGUAGUGUGCCGGGCACCUACGUAUUUACGUUUUCUGUUCUUAAGUAUAGCAACAGCGGUGACCUUUACAUCCAUUUGGUUAAAAACGACUACAAGGUAAUCAGUGCCUAUGGUGAACAAAAUCAACGAGGUCAGUUGUCUGGGAGCGCGGUGCUGGUUCUGCAGCGAGGAGACACGGUGUAUCUUACCAUGCACGGUAGAUUGAGGGGGAGUUCCUGGCACUACACCUCAUUCAGUGGCUUCCUUCUUUACCCCGAAUAA